ACCUCAUUACGUUAGUCCACGAUUGCGCAUUGACAAUUUACCGCUGAUGCAAGAAGUGUCGGCGAAUUGAAGUGAGACUGGUCGGGGGAUAAAAAAAAAACUUCCUAGAUCGUUCUUGUUCUUUCCGCAAACAUGUCAGGAGACGAAAUGAUUUUCGACCCCAACAUGACCAAGAAGAAGAAGAAGAAGAAGAAGCCUUUCAUGCUGGAAGAAGAAGGUGGAGACGGAGUGGCAGAGGACACACAGCAGGUAGAGGCCAAGGAGGUGGAACCUGACGGUGGGGAGGACAGAGAGUUCGACCUGGACGAGGACGAGGGAAGGAAGAAAGAGCAAUCCGACGAUCUUGAUGACCUGAACUUUUUCAACCAGAAGAAAAAGAAGAAGAAGCCCAAGAAAGGGUUUGAUAAUGACAUUGAGGAGGGGAUAAAGGAGCUGAAAAUUGAAGAAGAGCAGAGCGAGGAGGACGACUUGGAUCUUCAGUUGCCAGCAAAGAAAAAAAAGUCCAAGAAGGUUGACUUCCAGGAGGAAGGAGAGAUACUUGAGAAGGAUGAUGGCCUCGAGGACGUUGAGGGGGGAAAAAAUGAUGGCAUCUCAUUCAGCUCCCAGUCUGGUCCGGCGUGGUUAGGGACAGACAGAGACUACACAUAUGAUGAGCUGCUGAACCGUGUCUUCAACAUCAUGCGGGAGAAGAACCCUGACAUGGUGGCCGGAGAGAAGAGAAAGUUUAUUAUGAAGCCCCCUCAGGUGGUCCGAGUGGGCACCAAGAAGACCUCGUUUGUCAACUUCACUGAUAUCUGUAAACUGUUGCAUCGUCAGCCAAAACAUCUUCUGGCAUUUUUAUUGGCUGAGCUGGGGACAAGUGGCUCCAUAGAUGGAAAUAAUCAGCUUGUGAUCAAAGGAAGAUUUCAACAGAAACAGAUUGAAAAUGUCUUGAGAAGAUAUAUUAAGGAAUAUGUGACCUGUCACACGUGUCGCUCCCCUGACACCAUCCUACAAAAGGACACCCGUCUCUACUUCCUCCAGUGUGAGACCUGCCACUCACGCUGCUCCGUGGCCAGCAUCAAGACUGGCUUCCAGGCUGUCACGGGCAAGAGGGCACAGCUCCGUGCCAAAGCCAACUAAGGCCAACCACACCCUGGCUUCUCCCUCUCUGACCCGCCGGAGCUUUGGAUCCUCUUGAUAACUGGACUUUUGUUUGGAGUCCGAGAGGGUUUGUUGUUGUCGCUGCAUUAUGUGAGAGAGAAACGCUACAAGCUCUGAGUCUCAAAGGUCUGGCAGGUCAUAAGGAGCAGUGCGCAGAUGCAUAAGGUUUCACAGGCAAACCCCCAGUUUUCUCUUUUCUCAGCCGUGGGCAGAUUCUUUCAGAGCUUCUCUAUUCCCUCCAAGUGUGUCUUCUUCCCACAUUUCUUCAAUCGUAUGUAGCCCACAUAUCGGAUCAUAAAGACAAAGCUGUUAUGACAAAGUAAUUGAUAUUGGCUUUCCUUUGGUUGAAGCAUAGUGGGUGUGUAAACAAACAUUUUAAAGAUGCAUUCCAAGAGCUAGGUUUCAGUAUCAUGUAUGUACCCUUUUGCCGAGCCAUACUGUAUGGGCCUGGUUACGCAUCCACCACAGCUGCAUGAACUGUGCUUGCUUCAAGGCAGUAGAGUUUCAGCAGGAUAUUGUGAAAGGGUUAUGGAGAGUCGGUUUUUCAGCUUGUAUACCCUCCUCUACUGCUUUUACUGGCUUAUCUGAGAUCUGUAUACUAUCAUAGCAGACUGUCAGUGGGUGGAAGUAGCUGGGUGUCCUCCAGUAA